CAGCUCCACAUGGCGAUCAGUAAGACCACAGCCAGGGUGGUGGUUGACUGUAAGGUAGUGGGAGGAAAGCCCAUCAACGCGGCUGGCAACAUCAGUAUAGACGGGGUGGAGGUACUGGGACGCAUGGUACGAUCCAGAGGGAAGAGGGACAACUCAGCUCCGUUCCAGAUCCAGAUGUUUGACAUUAUCUGCAGCACGUCCUGGGCCAGUCGAGACAAGUGCUGUGAGCUCCCUGGACUGAGGCUGGAGGAGGACUGUCCUGCCAUGCCCCAUGCCUGUAGCUGUUCUCAGGACAGUAAAGGACCUCCCGGACCCACAGGACCUCCCGUAAAGUCCUACUACUGCCUUUAUUUACUGUCUCAGGGAAUAGGGUGCCCUUUUAACACACCUUUUAACACCAUACAAAAUAAUCCUAGACAGAAAACAACACUCAGAGACAUCAUUUCUCCAGAGAGCUGUCAAGCAGGCAGGAAAAGAGACUCCAGGGGCCGACAGAAGGAAAUCCAAACCAGACAUUCCAAACCAGAUACCUGCCGCCCACCAAAAGUAAUUUUGGUGAAACAUUCCCGGUCUGGGGAGGGUCAAUGUCACUUAGUACUGUGGACGUGUCUCCACCACAGGUGGACAUUGUUAGGGGAAGGACCCCAACAGAGUGAGAGUCUUCAUACAUUCUGCUGAGGGGGCGGGAGAGAGAGGGAGAGAGAGAGGGAUAGAGAGAGAGAGAAACCAAGAGAGAGACAGAAACCGAGAGAGA